AUGAAGUUGUCUAUACUGUUUUUAUUUGCAAUUGCAGUGCAGGCAGCAUUCCUCGGGAUUGACUAUGGUCAACAAUCCAUUAAGGCUAUGGUGGUGUCACCAAAGGCAAUGAUGGAGAUUGUCUUAACCCCAGAAGCUAAAAGAAAGGACACCAGUGGUAUAUGUAUUAGGAAUGUCAAUGGUGUUCUAGAAAGGCAUUAUGGUAAUAGUAUUGGCUCCUUAGUGACUAGAUUUCCACAAAACACUGCUAUGCAUUUGAGAUCUUUACUUGGCAAAAGCAUGAAUGACAAAGAUACAAUCGAGAGUUACUUGAGGGAGAACCCGGGUGCAAAUUUGACCUCUACAACUAGAAAUACAAUUGCUAUCACUAUCGAUGGGGUUGAGUACCCAGUUGAGCAAUUGGUGGCGAUGAAUUUGCAAGAAAUCAUUGACAGAGCCAACCAGCACAUAAAAGAAACGGACACUACCGGAAUUGAUUUUGUCGAACAGGUAGGUAUAGCUAUCCCUGAACAAUUUAACCAAGCUCAAAGACAAGCAUUAUUAGAUGCUUUGGCUUUAACUUCUGUGAAAGAUGAAGCUGUUCUAGUAAGUGACGGUCUUUCUGUAGCUAUUGAUUACGCACUAAAGAGGCCUGAUUUGGAGAUUAAUGUUCCACAGUAUUACAUCGUUUUUGAUGUAGGCACUUCUGCAGCAAAAGCCACAUUGUUCUCUCUUACUCAGCCAGAGGACUUAUCUUCACCAAUUAAAAUUGAAAUUGGUGCUUUUGACUCGGAGGCUACUGUUGGUGGUUCUAAAUUCAUUGCAGCCAUUGCAGAUAUUGUUGAAGAUAAAUUUUUGGAAAAGAAUACAAAGAUCACCAGAAAGUCCCUAGUUGAAAAUCCAAGAGCCCGUGCUAAAAUCAUUCAAGCUGCAGAAAAGGCUAAACUGGUCCUGAGUGCAAACAAUGAAGCAAUUAUUUCUAUCGAAUCUCUAGUUGACGAUAUUGAUUUCAGAACAACAAUCGCAAGAUCUGAGUUUCAAGAUAUUUUUGAGGACAACAAGCAUACAGUUGUUAAAGCUAUUAAAGGGGCAAUCGGAAACCAACUUUGGGAUGACAAUAUUAGUUUAGAAGACAUAUCAGGUGUAAUUUUGUCCGGUGGUUCUUCCAGAGUGCCAAUGGUUCAAGAAGAAAUUGCCAAGUUGGUUGGUGAAGAAAAAAUUUUAAAGAACGUUAACGCCGACGAAACAGUUAUAAAUGGUGCAACUCUAAAGGGCCUUAAGUAUUUUGGAAGCUUUAAAACUAAGCCUCUUGACAUAACUGAACGUUCCUUAUUUGACUACUCUGUUGAAAUGUCAGGUGAAUCUUCAUCUAAAACUGUUUUCGAAAAGGGUACAAAAUUUCCAAACGAAUCAUCAAUAUUGUAUAAAGCUCCAAAGAAAUUCGGUAAGGAACUAAAGUUUGACUUGUUUGAAAGUGAUACCCGUAUUUUGUCAAAUAUUGUUGAUACCACAGUGUCAUCGAAAAAUUGGACUUCUGCCUGUAAGAAGGGCCAACUAUACUUGAAUGUGACUUUUGACUUAGACAGUAAUAGAGUUUUCAAAAUCAAGGACAUUACUGUACUAUGUGAUAGUGACGGUAAUGCGAAAGAAGAGGAAUUCGAGUUUAUUGAUGUAAUCAAUGAUGUCACCAAAGCAACUGACGUAAUGCCUUUAAGCAAUGCAGAGAUAAGGCAAUUGUCUAACGCAAUCACUUCUUGGAAUAGAAAGGAUAGGGAAAGAAAGAGAGUUCAGGAAUCCUUAAAUGUUCUAGAAGCUGAGUUGUAUGACUGUAGAUCAUUUAUUGAAGAAUUUGAAGAAAAACUGGGUGAGGAAGAGUUCGAAACUCUAAAAUCAUUCACAGCAUUUGUCAAAGAAAAACUCGAAUAUCUAGAAGAUAACUCUGCAGAUAUGUCCAAGAAGGAUAUUGAAAAACUUGUCCGUGAGACUAGAAGCCAGCGUGAUACUCUGUCUAGAUUCUAUAAUUCUUUGGAUGCCGCAUUGGGUAGUAAGGAUUUCCAAAAGCUCGUUGAUACAGCAUCAAAGUCUAUCAAGAAAUACAAGGAAAUUGAAAGUAAGAACCUGGCUGAUUUGGAAAACAAAGCUGAAAAAUUCAAUGUAAUUGGAUUGAAUGUCACUGAAAAGUACAACAGCAUAUUAAGUAAGAUGUCAUUUUCCUCAAUCAGAAGGUCUAGUGAAGAGAACAUAAAAACACUGGCUGGGUUGAUUGAUGAAGUCAAUGAAUCGAUUAAGUCCAAGGCAAUUGAUGAUGAAUCAUUAGAAAACUUGAUCAAAACUAAGCUAGCAUUUGAAGAACUUAUUAAUACUCUUGAUCUAGAAAAUAGACAAUGGACCUACCAACACCAAUUAGUAAUGAAAGAAUUAAAGAAAAUGUAUAACAAGAAAAUGAAGGCGAUAAAGAAGCAAGAGAAGCAGAAUGAAAACGAAGAGAAUGGAGAUGAUGAAGGAGAUGAUGAAGAUGAAACCAAGACUAAAAAAUACCUAAAGGAGGCAACUUCAUCUGGUGAUUCGUCUACUAUAAAGGAAGAAGAUUCUACUGGCUCUAAUGAAGCAGGAAACAAGGGCGAUGAGGAAGAUGAGGAGGAAGAGGAAGAUGACAGCAGUGCUGGUAAUGUAUUCGAUGAUGAAUUAUAG